AUGAUUCGAUACUUCAUUCUUUUUUUAUUCCUAUCAGCUGGCCUUCGGGCUCAAGGAUUGAGAGAAAAACCUACAAACCUCACUGUUUUUAUUGGCAAGGAAGCUCUACUCAAGUGUGCGGCGGAUAUUUCCUCAAAUAACGUCGAGUUAUAUAGCCAAUGGAGGACAAAUACAGGAGAUUUGCUUGGUUAUCAUGAAGCUGGAGCUUUAAGUGGACAUCAAGGGCGGUACAGCUAUGUGAAAAACACACCAGAGGAGCUUCAUUUGAAAAUCGAGAGAGUCAGUCUUGAUGAUGAUGGUCAAUUUGAGUGUCAGAUGUUGGGAUUGGACAGUGGCCCGUUGCGAGCUGCAGCACAUCUCAACGUCAUUGUACCACCAUCUGAGGUCCUUUUCACAAACUAUCAAGCCAGUUCGGAGAUCGAGAUCAAUGAGGAAACCCCGCUUAACAUCACAUGUAUGGCUCUGCACUCAAAACCCAUUGCUGAGCUGAAAUGGUAUAUAAACGGACGGCAGAUUGAAGAUAAUGUUCAAAAAUGGGAAACCUAUCAUUUGAACAAAACUGUCACUGCUUAUGCCGCUUUACUUUGGAAACCACGGAGAAGUGAUCACAAGAAGAUGUUAGCUUGUGAAGCGGUUCAUGUUGAUACCUCAACCCAAAUUCGAGCAAAUGUUACUUUGAGUGUACUUUAUCCCUCCGAUCGACCACGAGUGAAGAUUCUGGGAGGGGAGAGCUAUGUGAAAGCUGCAGAUAACGUGACACUUCAAUGUCAAGUUCAUGGUGGAAAUCCGCCACCAAAUGUUACUUGGUAUCUUGAAGGAAGAUCGAUUGACGGUUCUUUCCACUACAAUUAUGACACUCAGGAAACAUCCAACUCCUACUCAUUUAUUGCGGAAGCUUCGGAUAACAUGGCUUCUUAUGAAUGUCGAAGCCAAAAUAGAGAUCAUGUGGCAGCAUUGAAAACAAGCAUUCAUGUGAAAGUUGCUUUUGCACCACAAGCAGUUGACAUCUUCGGUGAAAGCAAUAUUCGACAAGGCGGUCAAACGACUAUUCAAUGUCGGUCGAGAGCCUCCAAUCCUCCGGCAAAAAUUUCUUGGUUUGUGAAUGGACAUCCAGUUCCAGGACAGCUUCAAUCCGAACAUAAACAAGCACAUGGAACUAUUUCCAUCUCAAAUCUCACAAUUAAUUCUCUCGAGAUGAUGCACAGCAAGUACAAGAUUUCAAUUGAAUGCUCAGCUCGAAAUGAAGAGGGGAGCGCUAACAAACAGCACACUGUGAAAAUUCUUGUACCUCCCGAAAUGCCUCGAAUAACUGGAUUGGAUGAUGGAGUAUUACUGGAGGGAGAUGUUGUGAAUGCAACAUGUGAAGUACGCGGGGGACAUCCACUUGCUGACAUUGCUUGGUAUCGAGGGCAUGAUAAGAAAUUGAUAAAAUCGAAGAAGAAACCAAAAUGGAGCCAGUUGAUUGGUGCGAGAACAUCAGUUUCUGGUGACACUGUAAUUUCUUCUCUUCCGCUUACUCUUGAUCGAACUCUUCACAAACAAAGAAUACGAUGUGAGGCCACCAAUGCAGCUCUCGAUGAACCACUGGUUGAUUGGAAACAACUCACCAUUUUCUUCACUCCUCGCCGUCUUGCUAUUCGUACUCCAGAAGGUGCUCGCCAUCAAAUUAUUGCCGGACAAGAGGCUCGACUUCUCUGUUCAGCUCCCGCUAGCAAUCCACCUGCUGAAAUCACAUGGCAUUUUCAUCCAAAUGGAGAACCUCAACCACUUAUCUAUACUGGAGAAACAGUUGUCAACGAAACACUUCGAGAACAUGGUCAUACUAUUGAGAACAUUGUGUCAUUUGUUCCAACAGAGCAGUUUGAUGGAACAAUUGUCAGAUGCAUAGCAAGCAAUUCUCUUUGGCCCGAAUCCAAGAAUGUGACUUUCCCGUUGAAUGUUUAUUAUCCUCCUCGAAUGGUUGUGGGUGAUCGGAUGUCGAUUGUUGUAGCAGAGGGAGACUCAUUCCGGGAGAAUCUCACAGUCAAGGCUAAUCCUCCCGUUUCAUCUUGGAAAUGGAAAAAGAAUGGAAUCAUUUUUGAGCAUACAAUAGGAAGCGUCUUUGCUCGCGGAGCUGCACUUUCCGGUCGGAACAUCCAGGCUUCGGAUGCUGGACAUUACACUCUUUAUGCCAUCAAUAGUGUUGGUACAACAAACCUAUCAAUUCAUCUCACUGUUGAAUAUCCAGCAAAGAUUGUUCACAUAACUUCUCCUGUGAUUGCAUCGGCUGGAGAAGAAGUUCUUCUUGAAUGUGAAGUUGAAGGAGUUCCGCCCACAAAAGAUAUGGUUGCAUGGAUGAAAAAUGGGCAUGAAAUUCAAAGUACAAAGAGAGGUGAUUCUCGAGCAGUUUUGAAAGUGAAUGCUUCUCUUGAUACUGCUGGACAAUAUGUGUGUCAAGGUUUUAAUGGACUUGGGAAUCCAGCUCAAGCUGCCGCUUAUUUGCUGGUUAAUCAAAGACCGACAAUUAUUCGCACACCGACAUUCUCGAGAGCCGCCGGUCCACUUGGAGGGAAAGCAAGAGCCAGAUGUCGAGCUCAUGCAGUACCAGAUGCCGAGUUCUAUUGGGAGAAAAAUGGAGAGUUGAUUCGAGUGAAUGGAUCGAGAUAUUCGUUCCAUACCACACAGCUAGAUUUUAGCACUUUUGAGAGUACUUUAUGGGUAACAAUCGGUGGUGCGGAAGAUUACGGAGAAGUGAAAUGUAUUUGCUCGAAUCGACUUGGAGAGGAUAGUCAUUCAAUAAUGAUUGGUCCUCUUACCGCUCCUGAUCAGCCAAGUGAACCACAUCUGACCAAUGCCUCAGCUCAAUCACUAGCAAUUUCAUGGCAGCCUGGCUUUGAUGGUGGCUCCGAUCAGACUUUCGAAAUUGCUUAUAAAAUGCAAGGAAAUGAUGAUGUAACGGCAGUUAACACCACCCAUAAUCAUGUCCGUAUCUCGGGACUUCAACCUGGCCGUUUGUAUCAUUUUCAAGUGAGAUCACACAAUACCCGUGGAUUCUCUUCUGAAUACACGCGGCCACCGGUGGCCUUUGCGACUUUGACACAAGAUGGAGCUGAUAUUGGACAUUCGAGAAUUCGGGAAGGCCAACUACCAAAGUCUUUCAUCGCGGCGGCAGUUUCCUUCAUUGUGUUUUGCCUGCUAUGCAAUCUUUUGAUCUGCGUCUACAGAAAGAAUCAGAAGCGAAGAAAAAUGAUUCAGGAAAAGACCGAAAUGAUUCGGACUCAUGGAGAUGCAGCAGUAAGACCAGUGCAAAUGUAUGGAGCGAUUGGAGCCGAUGGAGUCAAAGAGUACAUUGUUGGUCCAGGCAAUCGGGCAACGGCUGGUUCUCGUGGAGAAUUGACAAGAGAUCAUUCCGAAGAUGAUCACUCCAUCAGAACAAUGAUCGAAGUCAACCCAAACGGUUACAUGCAGCAGAUUGAUCCAGCCUAUUAUGAAAGAAAUCAUCUAAUGGAAUAUGAAUUUGAUCCCUAUCAAAGCACAAGAGAUUUCUCGAAUAAUAUCGGCAGUCUUCGGGCAAAAGGGGAAUCAUAUAGCAACGUUCCUUAUCCAGAACCGCCUCAGCCUGCAAAUUAUCACAUGGGAUCCCUUUCACGAAGAAAUCAAGGACAAUCAAUAAAUCCAUCGAAUAAUAAUAACACUUCACCUCAACAUCCUCCCCUUUCAACCUUCAUUCAACAGUCUGGAAUUCGAUGGAAAAGACAAGCGAUUCCAUCGACACAUGUUCAGGUUCACUCACUGAACUCAAAUGUUUCUGUGACAAGCGCUGUCCGAGUUGUUUCCGCAGAAUCGCGAAUCGAUCUCAAAGAAACAUUUUUAAACGCUUCGAUAUGGUCGAAUUCCUCAGAAUUGCUCUUUGACAAUUUUGACACUUAUGUGAAUUACACGGCUCUUAAUGUUGAGGAUAUUUUCCACAUCCAAUCAGCCAUCAUCCAUAAACAAGCCAAUAAAACACAGUUCUCAAUGGUAACAAAUCGAACACAAGAUGGACAAACAAGUUUCAAUGAGAAAUUGGAAGGAUCGGUAUCGCUUCGAGUCAAUGAUUCGAAUAUGGGAGUUCAAGCUUUGGAUGGUGCUUUGGCUUUGAUAAAUGGAAAGACUCGAAAGGAAAAUGUGGAAAAGAAAAUCAAUGUACUUUCAGCUGUUGAUAAAAAUGAUAAUAUGAGAAAGCUAUUGAUCAUAGCUGAAUCAAAUGUUUUUGAAGUGAAAAUCAUCUUGAACUCGGCAGAGGUCCAAAUUGAAUAUGGACCAUCGGUGAUUCAAAUUGAUCGAAGCUACAAACAUAUGAUGAUUUUCACUAACAAAAGAAAUAUAUCUCUAGACACAACAAAUUCUCCUUUUGAAGUGUCAAUGACUGAAAACCAACUACUUGUUAAUUGUAAAGAUGAUAGAACGGUCGCCACUCUCUCACCAAAUAGCACUGAUGUUGGAAUUUCAGUUGGACAAUAUUCAAAAUUGGAAGUUGAUCGAGGUAAAGGAGUGAUGAGUGUGGGAAGUGAUUCUACCAUUGCUGAAAGAGUGAAUGUCACCUCGAUGCAUCUCCAAUUGAAUCUCGAAGGCAAUGUGAUUAGAGCAAACAGCAAUCGAAGUCACAUUGACAUGAUGGGCAAUCUUACAAAGGUUGGGCUCACAGCUGCUGUGCAUAAUCUGACGGUGGCUGGUGGAAUUCCACGUAUGAUAUUGGACACGGGAAAUAUCACUGUUAAAGUAUUGGCUGUUGAAGAGAGGGCAGUGCUACCAUCAAUUGUGCCCCCAUUUGUUAUGCCAAAAGACAAUUAUGAUAGUCUUGGCCCCGUUCAAAAUGAGAGCAGCAAUACCGGGGCAAACAAUGAAGAGUCAGAUACUGGGACAAAACAAGCUGAAGAACCCCAAGCUCUAACUACAGUAAUCCCUGCAAAUGGAGAAUUUAUAACAAAAGCCACUGAGCAAUCCGUUCAAGGAGUAACAGAAGUUGAAGAAACAACCACUGAACAAGACACCACAUCCUCAUCACUCUCAACCCAACCCUCUCCUUUAAAUGAUCCGUUUGAUUCAAUUACUACUUCCAAACAAACCACAGCUACUGAAAUCGGUGAAAACGAAUCGCCCAGUGUAAUGUGGACCGACUUGACUCCAAAAACAGACCCAAAUGGAGAAGAGCAUAACACUCAUCUAACAACACAACCUGGCAUACCAAUGGUAGGACCAGGCGAAGAGACAACUGUGGUGUCGGAAACCCCAAGGAAUGAAGGUUCAUUCUCCCCUCACAACUUGAGUUCAUCAACAUUGAGCACUUCUUCGUUCUCCCCGAUCAGCACCACUGACAUUGAAUGGAUUGCCGUGUCCGAGUCUUUUCCUUUUCCCUCUUCUCUUGGUCCUCUUGGUGAUGGUGAUGUGAGUGUGACUGUGGUUAGAGACAGCACCCCACUUCCCCCCGUCACCUCAUCGAGUGGAUCGAGUGAAUGGAAAGAGAAUGAACUUAUCACUGACACAUUCCCCACACCUAAAGCCUUGAUUACUAACAAAAGUGAGCUUGAUGCGACCAUUGCAACUGAUUUCCCAACACCGGCCACUAUUGAUGUUCGCUCCUAUUCUGCUCCAACCGCGCCAACGGAUUUUCCCAUUCCAGAGAAUCUCGGUGAUGGAAUCCUUGAAAAUUUUCCAACUCCUAGCCAAAUGAACCAAUCAACAAUGGAAGCUGAAUUCCCAAAAGCUGAGACGCUUCCC